CCUCUUUCUUCUCAUGCUUUAUAGAUUUAGAUUUUUGUUUCUGUGAUGCGAUCGUCAAUCCCCCUGUAAUCACUGUUCACGGUUCAAACGAUCUUGCUCAUAUGUGUCUACCACCCACCGCUCGAUGGAGCAGCAUGGCUACUGCUUGGACCUGGCCUCGCGGCCUGAGACAUCGCCCAGUCAGGCUGUCUCGACUCGAACACUGCCAUCAAACCAGCAAGAUGAUAUGUCUCCACCAGACGCGCUUGUCCAAGGAUUGAAUGAUCGCAUUCAGGAGUUAGAGCAGAAGCUCAGCAAUAUCCUCAGCGUGCAACCGUCCACCGACCCCGGCUUGUCCGCGAAAACAGGGCCAGAUCACCCAUCCAUCAAUGGCACAUUCGCGAAAACCAGGUUCUUUGGCCAAAGCCAUCGGUCGAUAUGUCUGAAGCAGUUCCGUGAAUUCAUGAUGUUGUUCUUUCGCUGGGAGACGGACGAGCACUCCGAUGUCCACAAUAUCAUGGGCCGAUGUAAGCGACUGGCCCGCAUCGCCAAAGCCCAGAUCAUCCUUCGGGGGCCCGUCUGCUCCGACCCUCGCGACUACGUGCCCCCCAGGAUAGUGUCUGACCAGCUUGUCGAAGCCUAUCUCCGCACGAUGGAAUCCGUGUAUCGAGUGAUGCACGUACCCUCCUUCCGACGCGCCUACGAGCAGUACUGGGUGAACCCGGCAGCGUCGAACCCAGCAUUCGUCAUGAACCUGCUCUUGAUCCUCGCCAUCGGAAGUGUCUUCUGUUCAGAUGGCACACCCCACGGAUCCCUAAUCCCGAGACUGUCAGUCUCACAAUGGAUCUAUACCGCACAAUCCUGGCUUAGCUCGCCGUUCGAAAAAGCGCGGCUGGACAUCGCAGGACUGCAGCUGCAAUGCCUCCUCCUGAUCGCACGACAGGUCACGGCGGUCGGCAGCGAGCUCGUCUGGGUUGCGGCGGGUUCCCUGCUGCGCACAGCGAUGCACAUGGGCGUGCACAUCGACCCGCGGCACAUGGCGCAGAUCUCGCCCUUCGACGCCGAGAUCCGCCGAAGACUAUGGGCGACCAUCCUCGAGAUCAACCUCCAAACCAGCAUGGACGCCGGCGGAACUCCUCUGAUCCAUGCGGAUGAUUACGACUGCGCGCUACCAAUGAACCUCAACGACGACGAGCUCGAACAGAUCCCGUUCCCCUCUGCGCGGCCCCCCACCGAAACAACACAAAGCACCCUGCAGAUCGCGCUCGGACGUUCACACACAGCCCGGAUAAAGGUCGCGCACUUCACAAACAGUUUCCGCAGCGCGAUGUCCUACGACGAGGCACUAGCCCUCAGCGCCGAGCUGGCUGAAACCUACCACGCGAACGCUGCUAUCAACCACCCCACGCCCGCACCAAGCACCAACACCACGCGCAUCACCCCCUUCCACCACAAACUCUACAGCCUAAUGACCCAGCGCUUCCUCAUGUCCCUGCACAUGCCCUUCGCGCUGCGAGCACCAACCAACCCGAAAUACUACUACUCGCGCCAAGUGAACUUCAAGACCGCGCUGCGCAUCCUCACGGCGCUGGAAUCCUGCCUCCCGUCGCCAUCACAACCGUCCAAUCCGACCCAGACCCAAGCCCCAGACCCAGACUCCCACCGCCUCCGACUCAUCGGCGCCGCCUCCUUCCGCGACGUGCCCGCCAUAGCAAUAAGCAACAUCUUCUUCGAGCUAGACCUCCAGCUCGACGACGACCGCCACACCGACAUCCUCUCCACGACGCUGCACCACCAGGAUGUAGCAGUCGAGCCAUUCCGCUACGCCACCCUCCGCGCCUCGCUGGAGAGGUAUAUCGGCCUGGCGGCGGACCGGAUCCGGGCUGGUGAAACGAAUGUCAAGGGGUAUGUGAUGUGUGCGUCCUUUAUGGCGCAUCUGGACGCGAAGCAUCGGGGUGUCCCGGAGGAGGCGGUUAUUUAUGAGGCGCUGCGGGUGACGUUGACGAAUGCGGCGGAGAUUUUGCAGGGGUUGGUGGAUGGGUUGAAGGGGGAGGAUGAUUCGGUGAUUGAGAGGGGCUCUGCGGUGGGCCUUGGGGGCUUGGUGGAUGGGGAUGGGGCUGGGUUGGUGAGUCCUGAUGCUCAGGAGGGUUGGUUGUUUGGGGAGGAGAUGGAACCUUGGGUGAAUUUGGGGAUGGAUGUCGAUAUGGAUGCUUGGCUUGCGGCGCAGGGAAUUUUGGGGGGUGGCGCUUGA